GAUGUGAACUACGUUUCCCAUGAGCACCUACUGCUGACGUCAGAGCACGUUUUUAUACAGCGCACAUGCCCCCGGCUAGCAAGAUGUCGAUUAGCGUUGCUGUGCUAACAUCAAUUAGCUUUAAGUAACUUUAUUAUUUUUUAAGACAUUUACACAUACAAAUAUCGAAAUGUCUGUAUUUAUGGAUCUCAAUAUAAGCGCAAUAAGCGACAAGAAAAAGCUGCAGAACGUUAUAGAGACAGCAGCUCACCUUGGUUAUUCAACAGUUGCGAUAAAUUAUGUGCUGGAACCACAAAAGAAGAAACAGCAAAUCCCUAAGCCAUUGUCAGUUUCAGAAUUGUGUGAACAACUUCCCAUAGUACAGGGUAAAUCGAGACCAAUUAAAGUGCUGAACCGGUUGACAGUGGUGGCCACAGAUGCCUCUCACUUUAGGCCGUCCAACGAAUACAAGUACUUUGAUAUUUUGGCUGUGUUUCCAAAAACUGAGAAACUCUUCCAUGCUGCAUGCAUGACGUAUGAUGUGGACAUCAUCUCAAUAGCAGCGACUGAAAAACAGCCUUUCCAUUGCAAAAGGUCACCGAUAAAUGGGGCAAUUGAAAGGGGGGUGUUUUUUGAGAUAAGAUACACCGCAGCUAUCAGAGACUCCACCAUGAAGAAAUACACAAUCGCAAAUGCCAUCAACCUAGUGGAAGUGUGCAAGGGAAAGAAUGUCAUUAUGGCAAGCGGAGCAGAGACACCCCUUGAGUUGCGUGGCCCUUAUGACAUCGCAAAUCUUGGGCUAAUGUUCGGCCUUUCUGACGGGGACGCCAAAGCUGCGGUCUCAACAAACUGUCGAUCUGCCGUACUGCAUGGAGAGACUCGCAUGACAGCGUUGGGUAUUAUUCACAUGAAGAAGAAGAGCCAACCACCCAGUGAGCAGCCAGAGGAAGAAACUCCAGCCUUUAAAAAGGCCAAAACUGAUGAAACCCUUUAGUUCAGAUUUGACUGCUGAGUGAUUUAGAGGAUUCAUCCAGACACUGCCUUUCAGUUUUUUCAGUUUCAGAUUAUUAUUUUUUUCCCCUCCUUUUUUCCAGCUUGAACUGCUGACUUUAUAUUGAGAUCACACAUGAUCCACUGUAUGUAUUUUAUUUUUGUGAUAUUGAUAUACACAACAAUAUAAACAUGACAAAUUGUUUUAGAUCAUUACUCCUAUAAUAUUUGUCCGCUCCUUGCAGAUAGUCUGCCUGGAUAUUGUGUGGGUCAGAAUCUGUUUACGGCUUAUCUGAAACGGCUAGAAAAGGAAAUAAUGGGACUGAUGCUUUUUGUUGUUUACAACCUGUAUUUUUGGGCAAUUUUAAUAAAUGCCAUGAAACCGCUA